UCAUGAAAUGGCCACAGAUGAUAAGACUUCCCCAACAUUGGACUCUGCCAAUGACCUGCCUCGAUCUCCCACUAGUCCCUCGCAUCUCACACACUUUAAACCUUUGACUCCUGAUCAGGACGAACCUCCUUUUAAAUCAGCGUAUAGUUCUUUUGUAAAUCUCUUUCGAUUUAACAAAGAGAGAGCCGAAGGCGGCCAGGGUGAGCAGCAGUCUCUAAGUGGAAGUUGGACCAGCCCUCAGCUCCCUUCAAGAGCACAGUCUGUGAGGUCACCUGCACCUUACAAAAAACAGCUUCCUGAGCAGCUCCAGCGGCGAUCCUCGACAGUGUUAGCAGAGAACAGUUUGGCACACCCCCAGGAGAACACAGAAACAAGAAGGAAAGCAGAACCUGCCUUUGGAGGUCAUGACCCUCGUACAGCCGUUCAGCUUCGAAGCCUCAGCACAGUAUUAAAACGCCUCAAGGAAAUCAUGGAGGGGAAAAGCCAGGAUAGUGACCUGAAGCAAUACUGGAUGCCAGAUAGCCAAUGUAAGGAGUGCUAUGACUGCAGUGAGAAGUUUACAACCUUCAGGCGCAGACACCAUUGCCGACUGUGUGGGCAGAUAUUCUGCAGUCGUUGCUGUAAUCAAGAAAUCCCGGGAAAAUUUAUGGGCUAUACAGGGGACCUCCGAGCUUGCACUUACUGUAGAAAAAUAGCCUUAAGUUAUGCGCACUCCACGGACAGUAAUUCCAUUGGGGAAGACUUGAGUGCUCUUUCAGAUUCUGCCUCCUCAUUGUCUGUACUUGAUCCUGGUGAGCCCCGAACACCUGUUGGGAGUAGAAAAGCCAGUCGCAACAUAUUUUUAGAGGAUGACUUUGCCUGGCAAAGUUUGAUUCAUCCAGAGUCCUCAAAUACUUCUCUUUCAACAAGACUUGUAUCUGUGCAAGAGGAUGCUGGGAAAUCUCCUGCUCGAAAUAGAUCAGCCAGCAUUACUAACCUGUCACUGGAUCGAUCUGGUUCUCCCAUGGUGCCUUCAUAUGAGACAUCUGUCAGUCCCCAGGCUAACCGAACAUAUGUGAGGACAGAAACCAAUGAGGAUGAACGCAAAAUUCUUCUGGACAGUGUUCAGUUGAAGGACCUGUGGAAAAAGAUAUGCCAUCACAGCAGCGGAAUGGAGUUUCAGGAUCACCGGUACUGGCUGCGAACACAUCCGAACUGCAUUGUGGGGAAGGAACUAGUCAACUGGCUAAUCCGAAAUGGACACAUCACGACAAGGGCACAAGCUAUAGCGAUUGGUCAAGCCAUGGUGGACGGACGCUGGCUGGACUGUGUCAGUCACCACGAUCAGAUCUUCAGGGACGAGUAUGCGCUGUACAGACCACUGCAGAGCACGGAAUUUUCCGAGACCCCUUCUCCGGACAGUGACUCAGUGAACUCAGUGGAAGGACACUCUGAGCCAUCCUGGUUUAAGGACAUAAAGUUUGAUGACAGCGACACAGAACAGAUAGCUGAAGAAGGUGACGAUAAUUUAACUAAUUCUGCCAGUCCUAGCAAGCGCACCUCAGUCAGCAGUUUCCAGUCCACAGUGGACAGUGACUCAGCCGCUUCUAUCAGCCUGAACGUGGAGCUGGACAACGUGAACUUCCAUAUCAAGAAGCCCUCCAAGUACCCACAUGUGCCCCCUCACCCUGCUGACCAAAAAGAGUGUUUGAUUUCUGACGGUGGAGGACAACAGCUCUCAAUAAGUGACGCCUUCAUCAAAGAGUCCUUAUUUAAUCGCCGAGUGGAGGAAAAAUCCAAAGAGCUGCCUUUCACGCCUUUGGGCUGGCACCAUAACAACCUGGAGCUACUGAGGGAGGAGAAUGGAGAGAAACAAGCCAUGGAGAGGUUGCUUUCAGCUAAUCAUAACCACAUGAUGGCACUACUCCAACAGCUGCUCCAUAGUGAGUCAUUGUCACCAUCUUGGAGGGACAUCAUUGUAUCGCUGGUCUGCCAGGUUGUUCAGACAGUCAGACCCGAUGUGAAGAACCGUGAUGAUGACAUGGAUAUCCGUCAGUUUGUCCACAUCAAAAAAAUCCCAGGUGGAAAGAAGUUUGAUUCUGUGGUUGUUAAUGGAUUUGUUUGUACCAAGAAUAUUGCACAUAAAAAGAUGAAUUCUUGUAUUAAAAAUCCCAAAAUUCUUCUAUUGAAGUGUUCCAUUGAGUAUCUCUACAGAGAAGAAACUAAGUUUACCUGCAUUGACCCUAUUGUGCUGCAGGAAAGGGAAUUCUUGAAGAAUUAUGUUCAGCGAAUAGUUGAUGUCCGGCCCACCCUGGUUCUAGUAGAGAAGACGGUAUCUCGGAUUGCCCAGGACAUGUUAUUGGAACAUGGCAUUACUUUGGUCAUUAAUGUAAAAUCACAAGUUUUAGAACGUAUCAGUCGGAUGACCCAAGGUGAUUUAGUGAUGUCGAUGGACCAGCUGCUUACAAAACCUCACCUGGGCACCUGUCACAAAUUUUAUAUGCAAAUAUUUCAGUUGCCUAAUGAACAAACCAAAACACUGAUGUUUUUUGAAGGCUGUGCACAGCACCUGGGCUGCACAAUCAAGCUUAGAGGAGGCUCUGAUUAUGAGUUGGCUCGAGUUAAGGAGAUCCUAAUAUUUAUGAUCUGUGUAGCUUACCAUUCUCAACUCGAAAUCUCCUUCCUCAUGGAUGAAUUUGCUAUGCCUCCUACGUUGACACAGAACGCUUCCUUUCAUUCUCUGAUUGAGGGACAGGAGGAUGAAGGGACUGCACAAGAGCCAUUCAGUGGUAGUCCCCUCCCCCGGGAGCCCGACUUGCCGUCUGAGUUUCUGCCCUGUGAUGGUAGCAGUCUGCUAGAGUCCGGGCUUGUGUUUGAGAAGGGCGACCAGGAAAGUGACAGUGUCCCACAGGACGUUGCCCCCGUGAAGCACCAGGAAUACGCCACGGCAGCUUGCCCGGCAGGCGUCCCCUGUGCGCUCUUUCCAUCCGUCCCUGAAUCACUGUUGCUGCUCCAUGUGGACGAGCAGCAGGCUGCCCCAGGCACUGAGCAGCCAGAGACUUUGCAGCAAACAGAUGAGCUAGAGGAUCCCAAAAGCCAGAUGAAAGCCUUCAGAGACCCGCUGCAGGAUGACACCGGACUCUAUGUUACAGAGGAAGUCACCUCUUCAGAAGAUAAACUAAAGACCUAUUCUUUGGCCUUUAAACAGGAAUUGAAAGAUGUGAUCCUCUGUAUCUCCCCAGUCAUCACAUUCCGGGAGCCCUUCCUUCUCACUGAGAAGGGGAUGAGAUGCUCUACCCGAGAUUAUUUUGCCGAGCAGGUUUACUGGUCUCCUCUUCUCAAUAAAGAGCUCAAAGAAAUGGAGAGCAGGCGGAAGAAGCAGCUGCUCAGGGACCUCUCCGGCCUCCAGGGGAUGAACGGCAGCGUUCAGGCCAAGUCCAUUCAGGUCUUGCCCUCGCAUGAGCUCGUGAGCACUAGGAUCGCUGAGCAUCUGGGUGGCAGCCAGAGUCUGGGCAGAAUGCUGGCCGACUAUCGGGCCAGAGGAGGCAGGAUUCAGAAAAGUUCAGACCCUUUUGCUUAUUCAAAAGAUGCAUCAGGUACUCCAAGUGUCAAAUCAGGAAGCAGAACUGAGGGUGAUGAAGAGAAAGGCUUGAUUCCAAGUGACGCAGUGUGGUCAUCAAAGGUGGACUGCCUGAACCCUGUCAACCACCAGAGGCUGUGCGUGCUCUUCAGCAGCUCCUCCGCCCAGUCCAGCAACGCCCCCAGUGCCUGCGUCAGUCCUUGGAUUGUAACAAUGGAGUUUUAUGGAAAGAAUGAUCUUACAUUAGGAAUAUUUUUAGAGAGAUACUGUUUCAGGCCUUCUUACCAGUGUCCUAGCAUGUUCUGUGAUACCCCCAUGGUGCAUCAUGUCCGGCGCUUUGUCCAUGGCCAAGGCUGUGUGCAGAUCAUCCUGAAGGAGCUGGAUUCUCCAGUACCUGGAUAUCAACAUACAAUUCUCACCUAUUCCUGGUGCAGGAUCUGCAAACAGGUAACACCAGUUGUUGCUCUUUCCAAUGAGUCCUGGUCCAUGUCAUUUGCAAAAUACCUUGAGCUUAGGUUUUAUGGGCACCAGUACACUCGUAGAGCCAAUGCUGAGCCAUGCGGUCACUCCAUCCACCAUGAUUAUCACCAGUAUUUCUCCUAUAACCAGAUGGUGGCAUCUUUCAGUUAUUCUCCCAUUAGGCUUCUUGAAGUAUGCGUUCCACUCCCCAAAGUAUUCAUUAAACGCCAGGCCCCAUUAAAAGUGUCCCUUCUUCAGGAUUUAAAGGACUUUUUUCAAAAAGUUUCACAGGUCUAUCUUGCCAUCGAUGAAAGACUGGCAUCUUUGAAAACUGACACAUUUAGCAAAACAAGAGAGGAAAAAAUGGAAGAUAUCUUUGCACAGAAGGAGAUGGAAGAAGGCGAGUUCAAGAACUGGAUCGAGAAGGUGCAGGCGAGGCUCAUGUCUUCCUCUGUGGAUGCCCCUCAGCAGCUGCAGGCGGUCUUCGAGUCCCUCAUUGCCAAGAAGCAGAGCCUCUGUGAGGUGCUCCAGGCCUGGAAUAGCAGGUUGCAAGACCUUUUCCAGCAGGAAAAGGGUAGAAAGCGGCCUUCAGUUCCUCCAAGUCCUGGAAGACUGAGACAGGGGGAAGAAAGCAAGAUAAGCACGGUGGAUGCACCUCCACGGAAUGUUUCUCCAGGGCUUCCGAAUGGAGAAAAAGAGGACCGCUUCCUAAGCAACCUGUCCAGUCAGAGCUCCACCAGUUCUGUCCACCUGCAGCUGCCUACUCCCCCUGAAGCGAUGCCUGAGCCGGCGGGGGGAGGGCCGCCAGAACUGGACUCAGCCAGCGUUUCCGAAGACGUGUUUGAUGGACAUUUGCUGGGAUCCACAGACAGCCAGGUGAAGGAAAAAUCAACCAUGAAGGCCAUCUUUGCAAAUUUGCUUCCAGGAAACAGCUAUAACCCCAUUCCGUUUCCUUUCGAUCCAGAUAAACACUACUUAAUGUAUGAACACGAACGGGUGCCCAUUGCGGUCUGUGAGAAGGAGCCCAGCUCCAUCAUUGCUUUUGCUCUCAGUUGUAAAGAAUACCGGAACGCCUUAGAGGAGUUGUCCAAAGUGAGCCCGCGGAGCAGUGCCGAAGAAGGGCCUCCCACCACCAGUACUUUAGACAGCAGACCAAAGAGCAGCAGCCCCAUUAGAUUACCCGAGAGCAGUGGAGGACAGACAAACCGCACAGCAGAAGCAGAACCACAGCCAACCAAAAAGGCUUCUGGAAUGUUGUCCUUCUUCCGAGGGACGGCAGGGAAAAGCCCUGAUCUCUCCUCCCAGAAGAGAGAGACCUUACGUGGGGCAGAUAGCGCUUACUACCAGGUCGGGCAGACGGGCAAGGAGGGGACAGAGAAUCAAGGCAUCGAGCCUCCAGAUGAAGUUGAUGGAGGAGAUGCACAAAAGAAACAACUCACGAAUCCUCAUGUGGAGCUCCAAUUUUCUGAUGCUAACGCCAAGUUUUAUUGUCGGCUCUACUAUGCGGGAGAAUUUCAUAAGAUGCGGGAAGUGAUUUUGGGCAGCAGUGAAGAAGAUUUCAUUCGAUCCCUUUCGCACUCAUCACCCUGGCAGGCCCGUGGAGGCAAAUCGGGGGCUGCCUUCUAUGCCACUGAAGAUGAUAGAUUCAUUUUGAAGCAAAUGCCUCGUCUGGAAGUGCAGUCUUUCCUCGACUUCGCACCACACUACUUCAGUUACAUUACAAACGCUGUUCAACAAAAGAGGCCCACUGCAUUAGCCAAAAUUCUUGGAGUUUACAGAAUUGGUUAUAAGAAUUCUCAGAACAACACUGAGAAGAAGUUAGAUCUCCUUGUCAUGGAAAAUCUUUUCUAUGGGAGAAAGAUGGCACAGGUGUUUGAUUUAAAGGGCUCACUUAGGAACAGAAAUGUGAAAACUGACACGGGGAAGGAGAGUUGUGAUGUAGUGCUGCUGGAUGAGAACCUCCUGAAGAUGGUCCGAGACAACCCUCUGUAUAUCCGCUCUCAUUCCAAAGCGGUGCUGAGAGCCUCGAUCCGCAGCGACUCCCACUUCCUUUCUAGCCACCUCAUUAUAGAUUAUUCUUUGCUGGUUGGACGAGAUGAUACCAGCAAUGAGCUGGUUGUUGGGAUUAUAGAUUAUAUUCGGACAUUUACAUGGGACAAAAAGCUUGAGAUGGUUGUGAAAUCAACAGGAAUUUUAGGAGGACAAGGUAAAAUGCCAACUGUGGUCUCUCCAGAGCUGUACAGGACUAGAUUUUGUGAAGCAAUGGACAAGUAUUUCCUGAUGGUCCCGGACCACUGGACAGGUUUAGGUCUGAACUGCUGAAAUGAAACACUUAUUUUGAAGUGGACCGUGAAGGACAGGGGGCUGGAGCAACGGACCACCAAUAAGCUACAUUUGACUUGUUUGUCACAUUCACCACUAUUUGCCAAAGCCUUUCAGUCCUGCGUCUGUGUGGGCCAUCUGUAACUGAGGGUUAAAAUUCCGUGGAUUUGCAUUUUGGUUUUCAAUGUCUACAAAUUGGCUCUCCCUGGACUGAAAAGUGGCAUGGAUUUCUUUUUCACUUAAGCAGAAGUAUAGACACAUUUCAAAGGGCUAAGGACAAAUACAUGGUUAUAGUUGAGGAGCUAGGGUGAAAAGUAGGUUGUCAAAUUUGCUAACAGUCCUGCUAAGAAAACAAUGUCUCAUAGACUGUGACUGGGCAUCACAUUUGAUAUAUUCUUCACUUAAAAAGCAUUUGUAGAGCUGGUGAGAUUUCGGGGGGGGGGGGGG